UUGGGUUUCUCGCUCACGUGGAGCUCUGAGCUGCAGUCUCUGUCCGCUGCUGGAUCGAUUGGCCAUACUUCACCUCGCGGGGCCGUGCCGUGGCCGUCUGUGGGUGUCUCCGCAGAUGUCGCUUCCCGGUCCGCCCCGGGAUCCCGGUGGCGCGGAGCAAAACCCGGCAGCGGAGCCGGAUCCGGAUUCCGGCACGGAUCGGGAGACUGACUCAGGGAAGGGGGCCGGAGGAAAACCCGGAGCCUCGGAUCUCCGCGCGGAUCGGGAGGAGAGCGAGGGGGGCAAUGGGGAGGGAAUGAAACGUGAGGAGGGAGCGAAUGGGGAGGGAAUGAAUCAGGAGGAGGGAGGGAAUGACGUGGGAAUGAGUGAGGGUGGUGGUGGGGGUCUGUAUCCCUACAUCAUGCCACAAUUCUUCACCUCGGAGAUCCACAAGAUGGAGUUGCAGAACAUUCCUCGCUACAGCAGCGCCCUGGACAUCAAGAAGCUGCUGGCGCGUCAUGGCGUGCGUGCGCACAAGGUGAAGGCUCUGGGCCGGGCUACCCACGCGUUUGUGACGUUCGCCAGCGGAGGGGAGAGGGACCGCGCCAUCGGAGCCCUCAACGCCCUCACCUGGAAGGGCCGGACACUCGCAGCAAAGGUGGCGCAGCCUAAAGUGGACCCAUUGGCGCUCAAGCGAAGCACCUCCACCAUCACCACCAUCACCUCCCCAUCCUCCACCAUCACCACCUCCUCCACCAUCACCACCAUCACCUCCUCCACCUCCUCGCUGGAUCCUCCACCGUGCAAGAAACGAUUCCAGCCAUCGGCUUCGGUAUCAUCAUCGUCAGCAGCAUCAUCAUCAGCAGCAGCAGCAUCAUCAUCAGCAGCAGCACCAUCAUCAUCAGCAGCAGCACCAUCAUCAUCAGCAGCAGCGUCAUCAUCUCCGGCACCAUCAGUAUCAUCAUCAUCAGCAGUAGCAGCUUUGGUAUCAUCAUCAUCAGCAGCACCAUCAUCGGUAGCAUCAUCAUCAACACCACCAUCAUUAUCAUCAUCAGCAGCAGCAGCAGCAUCAUCAGCAGCAGCAGCAUCAUCAUCAGCAGCAGCAGCAUCAUCAUCAACACCACCACCAUCAUCAGCACUACCAUCAUCAGCACCACCACCAUCAUCAUCAUCGCCACCACCACCAUCAUCAUCAUCAGCGCCACCAUCAUCAUCAUCAGCACCAUCAUCAUCAGCGCCCACGUGGGAGCGACUGGCUGAUGCGGUCACGCCGCUGUGGCGAGUCGCCUACGGCCUGCAGCUGCAGCAGAAGCAGGGCCUGGCUAAGGCUGUGCUGAUGCGUCUAGCCAAGUACGCACAGACACUGACUCACUCAGUCAACGAGACGCACACACAGAGUCUCCGUGCGUCUCCUCCAGCGAUGUCGAAGCCGCUCCACCCUCAUCCCUGUCCCUCUCCACCCACACACACGGAGAGUGGUGGUGGUGGCGGUGGUGGCGGUGGUGGCGGUGGUGGCGGCGGUGGUGGCGGUGGUGGCGGUGGUCUCAGGCCUCCGAAGGAGGCGCGACGCUUCGUGCACAUCUCAGCCGAGCAAAAGCGGAGAUUCAACAUCAAGGCCGGACUGGAGACCCUCAACUCAUUCGUUUCUCCUUCGCUGUCAACUCAUUCCCAGCUCAAGGUGAGUAAGGCUGCCACGCUACACAAGACGGUGUCUCACAUCAACAAGCUGCAGGCCGAACGGCAGCUGUGGCAGGAGGAGUCGUUGCGACUUCGCUCCGAGAUCGCCGAACUAAACCACAACAUCGGGUGA